UGUUCACAUUAUAAUUUUAUUUAAUCAGUUCAUUUUUAUUUUCUACAUUUUUAAUCUUCGUAGUAGUAAAUGAAAUUCUCUCCGUACAACUAUUAAAUAAUAUGAUUGUUGAAAGGAAGAUAUUACAAAAUCAUUAAGAUUCGCAUAAACUAAAAAUGUUGAGCUCAUCAUGUUUUCAAAAAAUUUGAAAGUUUUGUACCUUGUCGAACUUAGCUAUAGUUGAUGCUUCUGUACACGAAUGCAAUAAAUACUUGUGAUUAGUUAUGAAUUAAGGAAACUUAAGGUAAAAAAUAUCACACACAAAGUCAGAUCUUUAGUUUAGCCAAGUAUUGCGUUUUUAAAGAGUUUUCAUAUAAUCCAAAAAAUUAGAAAAAUAAUCUUGCUAAAAAAACCUCAGAAAUUAGAAAAGUUUUAAAAGAAAAUAAAAUUUACGAAAUCGAUCGAAAAAUAGAAUUCAGGUGCCGAGGAAAAAGAUCAUUAUUUUUGCGCAAUCCUAACCCCCUUUCACUCAAUUGUAUCGUGUUUUUAUUAUAUCUACCAAGAAUUUUUUUUUCUUUAAGUACACUUUAUUAGUUAUAGAGUAUGUCAAUUUUACAACAAGUCCAACAAUAUUGAUACGACAGCCAACCUUUUUUUUAUUGAUAUUCUUAAAGUAUGGUCGAGUAAUUAUAUAUGUAAAAUAAGCCCAAAUAUUUGUUUUACGCUUAUAUUAUUUUGCUUUAUGUUAGUAGAAGAAACUAAGUCUGGGUAUUUGGAUCCGAAGAACCGAACAAAACUUGAUUUGAAAGUAAUACUAAACACAUAAUAAAACUCAGAUGGAUCAAAAAAUCUAAUAUCCGGAUAACCUAACCUGAAACUGAUCCAAACUGAAAUAUUUUGGAUACCGAAAAUAUCUAAAUUACAAUAAUAUACUUAAGUAAAUUAAUAAUUUUAAAUGUGAUAUCUAUUAGAUAUUCAAAAUAUGAAAAUAUCUAAAAAUUAUCAAAGUAGUCACAAGUAAAUAUCUAAAAAAAAUAUUGAAAAUAUAUAUUGUUCUCCAUCCAGAUAUUUAAAUUGAACUAAUUUGUGUAAAUUUAAGUAUUUAGUAUUACAUAUUCAAAUUUUUAUGUUUUAUAUUAAUUUUUUUUUUGGAUUUUGAGGACUUAAAUAUAUUUGGAUUUUUGAUGAAAGUAACAUAAUUAAAAUGGGUACCCGAACUCGAAUGUGAACCGAACCCGCAAUAAUUUUAACAAAAUCUAAACCAAAUUCAAACCAAAAUUUGUAAAUAUUUAAAUUAAAUUUAAUUUUCUAACUUUUAAAAUCAAAAAUCAGAAUAGAUCAACUGAAUCCGAACAGAUAUCAGAAUGCUCAUCCCUAGAAAAAGCUAUAAGAUAAAUCCUUUAGUACAAUAUAAAAUAAAUAAUUUAAUCAACAAUCUUACGCUCCGCACAGCGCGGAUCACUACCUAAUUUAUUCGUAUAUUAGACUACACCAAUUUUUUCCCAAAGUAAGAAUACACAAAACUAUGCGUAGUUUUUGUUUAAACAGGAAAAUACAAUAUUUUAUAGAAAUCAUCUUUAUCUUUGAGAAAUCAUAUUAAUUGUUUUCAAUUAACUCUUUGAUAAAUUAAUUGAAAACAAAAAAAUUAAUCAUUAAUGCAUGAUCUCUCUUUUUCCACUCCUUUCUUCUUUCUCUUUUUUUAAAGGCAACUAAAACUUUUUUUUAUUUUCCCUCUUCAGCAUCCGGUAUCUCUUCCGGUUAUGCGAGAGAGACAUUUUUUUUAAAGGCAACUAAAACUUUUUUUUAUUUUUUUUAUUUUUUGUGUAUCUCAGUCCGUAUGCUUCAAUCUGCAGUGCAAUUAUUUGUUGUUUGAGCUAUGGUGGUUUGGAUCUGAAGUGGUGGUGGUCGUAACGGUGGUUUCCGCUAAUGUUGAUGUUCUCAGCUUCAUGACCUUCAGCUAUGGGGUCAGAUCUUGGUUGUGUCACCUCAAGCCUCCCUCUGUUACUUCCGAUUUGAAUUACGACAGUGGUACAUUCUCUUUUUAGCAAUGAGGUGUUUCGAGGCUAACAAGAUGACAAGGCGAGAUGAAAAAUUUAAGCUUUGGACAAAGUCUGGAUCGACUGGUUUGUCCCUCUCUUCUCUUGCUUGCUUUGAGAAUGGCGGUUUUCCAGUGGGAUUGGAAGCAAGUUGGCUCUGGAAGCAAGUUGGCUGUGGGGUGGGACUUCAGUUUAUCCACACACUGGUCCCGAACUGGCAAAGCUCCUUCGUUUUGUUGAACUAUUCUUUGUCAUCACUCCAUUCUUUUUUUUUUCAAUUGGCGUUGCUUCUUCAUUGUUUUUGUGGGUGGUGUUGAAUGGCUCGCUCCCUUUAGCUUUUUCGACAAGUUCAGUGGAAGAUAUUUCUUCAUUCGAAUUCUUAUCCUUGGAGUUCUGGUGGGCGAGGACAUUAGCUUGUGAGGUUUCCGCGGUGGCGGUAGGGAUGAUUUUGAGCAUAGCAAAGUGAAACAUUGGCAUAGGAUUCUCAAAUUUUUUGAAAAAAAAAUAUAUGGAAAAAUAUCUCCAAAUUUGUAAAAGAAAAUUUUUGUAAAAACCCUUACUAAAUUAUUUUUGGCCAACAAAAUUUCAAGGACACUCUCCGCACAGGUUCUAAAUGUUCGAUUUUUUUUUAUGUCCGAUUUUUUUUUUUUUUGCAUCUAUAGUUCUCGAUUUUGUUUGUACCAUCCCGGUUUAGCCUUUAUUUUAUUUUAUUUUACCUCACGUCUUGUAUUUUAAAAAAAAAUUAAUGUGAAGACUUUUAAAAAAUAAAUGAAUGCAUGCUGUUUUUUCUUUCUUUCUUUGUUAGUAUAUAUAAGAAACAGAGAUCUUGAUCGUUAGAUGCAUAUAUCAACUUUCUCUCUCUCAGAAGAUCUUCUCUGCAACUGUUUGAUUUGCUUGUGAAGAUUGCUUUGCAAGAAAGUGAGGCAAAAGAUGAUUUUGAGAUUGUCUCUUCCUCUGAUCUUGCUUUUGAUUAUAGUUCCUCAAUCAAUUCAAGGUUCCAUCUUCAAAACCUUCUCAAAUACGCUAUCUCCCAAAUAUCCUCCUUACUCAUUCGUCUUCCCUCUCUCCGGCAAUGUCUUCCCUCUCGGAUAUUACUCGGUCUCUCUUCAAAUAGGAAAUCCUCCAAAGGACUUUACCUUUGAUGUUGAUACUGGCAGUGAUCUCACAUGGGUUCAAUGCGAUGCUCCUUGCUCUGGUUGCACUGUGCGUACUGAACUUCAGUACAAGCCUAAGUCAAACACUGUCCCAUGCUCAGACUCAAUUUGCUCAGCUCUACACUGGCCUCAGAAGCCUGAAUGUCUAAACCCGAAAGAGCAAUGCGACUACGAGGUUGAAUAUGCUGAUCAAGGUUCAUCAAUGGGUGCACUUGUCGUUGAUCAGUUUUCUUUAAAACUCCUAGACGGCUCGUCUUUUGUACCUCGCUUAGCAUUCGGGUGUGGUUAUGAUCAGCAUUUCCCUAGUGCACAUCUUCCACCUGCUACUGUUGGAGUUUUGGGGCUUGGGAAAGGGAAAAUCAGCAUCUUGACACAGCUUGUCUCGGCCAGACUAACUAGAAAUGUGUUUGGUCAUUGCUUAAGCUCUAAAGGUGGAGGCUAUUUGUUCUUUGGAGACAAUGUUAUUCCUUCUACAGGUGUAUCCUGGACAACAUUAGUGUCACCUAACAACCACCACUACACGACUGGACCAGCCGAGCUUCUUUACAACGGGAAGCCAACAGGUUUAAAUGGCCUCAAACUCAUCUUUGAUUCCGGAAGCACCUAUACUUAUUUCAACCGCAAGACAUACCAAGCAAUAGUUAACCUGAUUGGAAAUGAUCUGAAAGGUAAACCGGUGAAGGAUGUGAAAGAUGAUAAGACUUUAGCAAUAUGUUGGAAAGGAGCUAAGCCUUUGAAAUCUGUUCUUGAGGUCAAGAACUUGUUCAAGACCUUAACAAUCAACUUUAAGAAUGGCAGAACAAACUCUCAGCUCCAGAUUCCACCCGAGUCUUAUCUCAUCGUCUCUAAAACUGGGAACGUCUGUUUGGGAAUACUCAAUGGAAGUGAAGCAGGAUUACAGGACUCUAACGUAAUCGGAGAUAUAUCUAUGCAAGGGGCGAUGGUGAUCUACGACAAUGAGAAACAACAACUCGGAUGGGUUUCUGCUGAUUGCGAUAAGCUUCCCAAGUGAUGAUAGAUAUAUUGAACGAUUUCACCAUAUUAUAUAACUUCAUAGUUUGAAAUUUUCACAAAUAAAACAAUUGAUUGACCAUAAACGAUUAACAUAAUUAAGACAAAUUCACAAGAAUAUACCGGAAAUAUUACUAAACUAUACCGUGCGACUUUUUGAUACAAGGAAAUGUGAGGAAAA